AUGACGGCCGUGGACAGUGGAGCGAAAGCAAGCGAGUGGCUGAAUGCAGUGCUCGACUCUUCCGGUCUUAGCUUCGCAAGUCGUGCGCAGUACCUGUUGGUGAACAGCAGCACAAUUCGCCAUUUCAUGAGCGUUCUCGCACUGGACGGCGUAUGGUGCAGUGAAUCAGAGCUGACCGUAAGAUUCAGACCGAACCUGGUUAUCAGCGGCGUUCCACCCUUUCAAGAAGAAACGUGGCAGCGGAUAAAAAUUGACCAUGUCUUUUUUAGAUGCGUAGGCACAUGCUCUCGCUGUCGGGUGAUAUGCGUUGAUCCCGAGACUGGCAACAUGGACAAUCGGCUGCUCACAGCCCUUAGAAAGGUGCACGACUACAAGCUCACGUUUGGAAUCUAUCUCGCGGCAGAAACAUCCAUAGAUCAGCUUAAAAUUUCUGUUGGUGAUGCUGUUGAAGUAAUCGAUUACAAGCAGUUGAGACACUAA